GUUCUCUCUCGUUCGUCUACACAGAUUGUGGCAGAGGGCAACGAGCUGUCUCCGUACAGUUUGCCAUUUUUUGCGUUCAAAAAAAUAAAAAAUACAAAAAAAAUACAAAAUUGUAAAAAAUAAAUAUAAAAAUAUUAUUCUUAGCUUCUUCGUCUGUGAAAGUCUGUUGUAUCUUGCCGUUAAUUUCUCGUUCUUCCAUCGUCUUCUUUCAUCGGUUCUCGCCAUAUUGUCCAUCGAGCGUCAACGGUUGGCCGUGGUGCACAUUGACAUUGUCUCACCUCUCGAGAGUCUCGUUCAUUGAUUCAAUUUCAAAAACGAAUUUAAUAUCAUCUGUGACUCUAAAAAUCAUCCAAGAUGCAAGCCCCAGGACAAAAUUAUCCUAUGAAUUCUCUUUACGUCGGUGAUCUUAACCCAGACGUCACAGAAGCUCUGCUCUUUGAGAAGUUUUCAUCAACCGGACCGAUUUUGUCUAUUCGAGUCUGUCGUGACAUGAUCACACGUCGUUCGUUGGGCUACGCCUACGUGAAUUUCCAACAACCAGCAGAUGCUGAGCGUGCCUUAGACACAAUGAACUUUGACCCACUGAAAGGUCGUCCAAUACGCAUCAUGUGGUCACAACGUGAUCCCUCACUCAGGAAAUCCGGAGUUGGUAAUGUCUUCAUUAAAAACCUUGACAAAUCUAUUGACAACAAGGCCAUGUAUGAUACUUUCUCUGCCUUCGGACACAUCUUAUCUUGUAAGGUUGUCACAGACGAAAAUGGUGUCAACAAAGGUUAUGGAUUUGUUCACUUUGAAACCCAAGAAGCAGCCAAUAAAGCCAUUGAAAAGGUUAAUGGCAUGUUGCUGAAUGGAAAGAAAGUGUACGUAGGUUAUUUCAUCCCUCGAAAAGAACGUUUGAUGCAGAUGGGUGACCAUCAGAAGAAAUUUACCAAUGUUUUCAUCAAGAACUUGGCCGAGGACAUUGAUGAUACUAAACUUGCUGACUUUGGUAGCCAGUAUGGACCUAUCCUUUCUGCCAAGAUAAUGUAUGACGAUUCAAAGAGCAAAGGCUUUGGAUUCAUCAGCUUUGAGAAUCAUGAGGCUGCAAAUGAUUUUGUCAACAGUAUCAAUGGCUCAGAGGUGAAUGGCAGGACCUUGUAUGCUGGUCGUGCUCAGAAGAAGGCAGAAAGGGCUGCAGAACUCAAAGCCAGAUUUGAGGCAUUGAAACAGGAAAGGAGCACACGUUAUCAGGGCGUAAACUUGUACAUCAAGAACUUGGAUGAUGAGAUUGACGAUGAGAGACUUCGCAAGGAGUUCAGCAGAUAUGGCACAAUCACUAGUGCCAAGGUCAUGAGUGAUGACAAGGCGAACUCCAAGGGAUUUGGAUUUGUCUGUUUCUCGUCUCCCGAGGAGGCUACAAAGGCUGUCACAGAGAUGAACGGCCGUAUCCUUGUAGCCAAACCUCUGUAUGUAGCCCUUGCUCAACGGAAAGAGGAACGUCGGGCACAGCUGGCAUCCCAGUAUAUGCAGCGCGUCGCUCCACAAGUCCGUGUUGGGCAAGCGAGCCAGCCGGUGAACCCAGUUUAUCCAAUGGCUGCCUACCACUAUGCAGCUAUGCCCCAAACUCAGAGGAACAUCUUCCCUGCAGGCCAGUUAGCUCAAGUCAGACAUCCAAGAUGGGGGCAACAGCCUCAGCAGGCUAGGACAGCUACUCAACCCAACUACCAGACCAUGCAAGGAGCUGCAGGACGUCAGUUUGGUGCCCCCAGGACUGGUGCAGCCACUGGACAAGUCCGUCCACCCUUGCCAGCAACACGUGUGCCAGUCCAGGCUGCACCAGCUGGUCAGCGUGUCGCAGGUAUGGGAGCCCCUGCUCAGCAGCAGAUGCGUCUUGGUGCCGGAGCCCAACUUGCAGCCAAGCAGUAUCAGAAGUUUGCUGUUCCAAGGCAGGGCUUGCAAGGACAAAUGCCAGCGCAGGAAUCACAACCAGUGCAGGCUCUCCUUGUGCCGGGUCAGGAGCCCCUGACUGCCCAGAUGUUGGCUGCCGCCCCUGCCCAAGAGCAGAAGCAGAUGUUGGGUGAGCGUCUCUUUGCCCUCAUCGCAGAGACCCACAAGGAACUUGCUGGAAAGAUCACUGGCAUGUUGUUGGAGAUUGACAACUCUGAGCUGCUUCACAUGUUGGAAAUCCGGGAAGCCCUGAACAAGAAGGUUGAGGAGGCUGUUCAGGUACUGAUGAACCACCAGAAGGAAGGAACCAAGGCUGCUGUACAGAACACAGUCCCUGCCCAGUAGAACAUCACCCCCUAUCUGCAGAAUAUCCCACUCCCCAAAACCUCUAAAUGGUCAUUAUUUUGCCCCUAUUUGAAUUACCAACCCUAGCUUGUACAAAAUAUUCAGCGAAAAAAAUGCUGUUAAUUUGUACUCUUACGCUCCGUUAGCAUGAUUGGUGUUUACCUCGUGGUUAACACAAUUAUUGAUGUAGAUCCAGACGAAAUACUGCGAAGGAUUAAUCGCUUGUUGCAAAGACUAUCCAUCUUUGAAAUAGUCUAGAAUUAAAAUUCACCAAAUCCUGUGACCCUUCAACUUCACAAUUACCAGAUGGCAUUACACUUGUAGGACUUUUCUCUCCAAUAUUUGGAGGUUACCGAUGCAAUGAUCAUCAUUCUUGUAAUAAAAAAUAGAGAAAAAAUGCAAAAAAAAGUAUGUGCUUUUCAAAGUACAAAAAUACAUAAAAAUGGAAAACGGGUCUACGUAAUAUUCACUUUUAAACAAAAAAAAAAAUUAAAAAGCUAAUAGUACUUGUCAAAUUUUAAAUGAAACUUAUGAACGCAAAAAAUCACUCCAAAAAAUGAGAAAAUAAAAAAAAAAUGCAAAACUUGAAAAUACAAAUGUGGAAGGGGAGUUUAGGAAGGUAACCUUGUAACAUAAGAUUGUUUUCCUGGUUCACAUUCAAGUGUGAACAUGAAAACAAAUAAAAAUGAAAAAAAAAAAAAAAAGAGCAAAAGAAAAAAAAUAUAUAGUCAACUUUAAAUCUGGUUGAUGUGCAUUAAUCAUAUUUUAGGAAUGUAUUGCAUUUCUUUCUUUUUAUUUAUACUUUAUUUGAUUUAUUCAUGGUAAAAAAAAAGCAUUUAUUUACCUAGUCACACUGUUAUGCUUCACCGUCAUGCAAUUUGUGUCGCGGGAAUUUCACUGAAAAAAAAAAUGUUUGAUUUAAAAUACAUUCAGGUUUGAUGUAGUGUGUUUGAGAAUUUAGGCUAAUAAGAUUUCAAAUCAAUUUUCUUCCUUCAUUGUCAGUUAUAUGUUCUCACAUUAUAGUUUGGAUGAAGUGCCUUUCUCUAUGAUGUAGUGUUUUUUUUCAUUCAUGUAAAUAAGUUACUUUCUAGAUCCCACUCUUUUCUGCUCUUGCUUUUCUUUAUUGCUUGUGGUUAUUUCUGUGUUAUUGUUAUUUUUGCAUGCUGUAGAAAAGUUGCCCAAAGUUAAUAGAGUAAAUACUUUUAACUAUAAUGUGUGGCUCAAUAGUUCAAAAUAUUGCAAUUAAAUAUCCUCUUUGGCAUUCAAAAGGUAAUUUUAACAGAUAUCACCAGAAAAAAAAGUUGACUGAAACAUAAAAAUCUACAAAAUGCUGGAAAAAAAUAUGUAAAUGGACACUAAAGCUGGGCAAAUUUUGGUAUUUACAAGAUAUCAACCACAGGAGAUUUAUCCAGUCAUGUGUUUCAUUAAAAACUACAAAAUAAACUUGGUUCUUACUCUA